CAGCCGCUCAUCUCAACGCCUUGACCAGAAUCGCGACUUCACUGGAUGCUCUUUCCGUCCAGGUUGCCAUGUAUUCAGGUUUCACCGCCUGCUUUACGGUCGCUGACUCCGACUACUCGCCCAUCAACGACCAUGUCCCCUACCAAAACCCGUUCGAUCAGUCUUGCUUCGCCGACCUUUACACUACGCCACCCGACCAGUCUCUAGCGACCUUCCUUGACCAUUCUUAUUUCGACUGGCACCAGUCAAGCGUCAACUGCUCCUCGGGCUGGGAUUGCGGCUCUGUGUUCUACCCUGCGCAGCCGUUUGACGAGGUGGGGUCAGGAUGCGCCUCCAUCUUUGAAACGGUCCCCGCAUUCGACAUAGGGAUACCUAUCACACCUAGCACCAGUGUUUCUUCUACAUCACCUUUCUGUGGCGAUGCUAUCCCCGUCCCUGCAUCUUCACCUCCAUCAUCGUCGGAGCACGAGAAGCUCAGAGAAGCACCUGCACUAGGCGAAGAGCCGGCUCCAAAGCAACCCGGGCGCAAGCGCGGCCGACUAAGACUUGAUCGUAAGCUUUCCGGAGCGGUGCCAGGCCCACCCAGCAAUGCCCCGUCUUGGAAGCAUCGCCAGCAUACGUCCCGCCAGCCACACGUGCAAGUUGAGCGCAAGUACCGCGAGGGGCUGAAUUCGGGCCUUGAAAGGCUGAGACGAGCAGUCCCAACACUGUUGCAGAGGGGGGAUGGCGCCGUCAUGGGCCAGCCUAAACUAAGCAAAGCGAUGGUGUUGUCGUGCGCGGUUGCAUACAUCGCGAAGAUUGAACAUGAGAGGGAUGGGCUGAGAGAGGGAAACGAGCAGCUGGGCGGGAGCAUGUGGGGGGAAACAAUUGUUAGAGGGGCACAUGUUCGAGAGACAGCGACACUCGUUCGUUAAUGCUAAGAGGGGA